AUGGAUGAAGAGCAAGAUAAAUUGUUGCCUAUUGCCAAUGUUGGUCGGAUUAUGAAGCAAAUCCUGCCACCAGCUGCCAAGAUUUCCAAAGAAGCAAAACAAACAAUGCAAGAAUGUGCAACAGAAUUUAUAAGUUUUGUAACUGGUGAGGCAUCUGACAAGUGUCAAAAGGAGAAUCGCAAGACAGUGAACGGAGAUGACAUCUGUUGGGCUCUCAGUUCUCUAGGGUUCGAUGACUAUGCUGAGGUUAUAGUAAGGUACUUGCAUAAAUAUAGAGAAGCUGAAAGAGAGAAAUCAGCUAACCAACACAAAUCUUCUUCCACUGACCAAGAUAUUGAAGAAUCCAACCAUAAAAGUAGCCAACCCCAGCAGCAAAUUGAAGCUCCUAACGGGAUAGAAUUUAGGGUUCUUGAUAAGGGCAACAGCAGCUCUUUCAAAAACCCAUCCUGA